AUGGACGAGCUCGCCAGCCGCGCCACCGCCCUGCUCAUGGAGCCCUCACUCCGUCCCCUCCUCGCGAUCGUCAAGUCCGCGCGCAACGGCGCCGUCUACGGCGCCAAAGUCCGCUUCCCGCACGCGCUGGUCAUGGUCUUCCUCUUCCGCUCCGGCACGAUACGCGAGAAGCUGCAGCUCGUGUACAAGGCGACGCGGCAGCACGCGCGCAACCUGGCCUCCUUCGCCGUCGUCUACAAAUCGUGCAUGCUGUUGCUGCGGCUGCUGAACCCCGACGGACGGGGGAAAGAGGGCGCCUACGACACCUUCUUCAGUGGGCUGGUGGGCGGGUACCUCGUCUUUGGGCGGGGGAGGGCCGCGAGCAGUAGUGUGAAUCAGCAGAUUGUCAUCUAUGUGUUUGCGAGGGUGGUGCUGGCGUUGGCGAAGUUGAGUUUGGAGAGCCCCAGGAUGACGAGCGCGACGCCCACGCCGACGCUGUGGACGCAGCGGCUGGAUCCGGAGACCAAGAGGAGGAUCCAGGAGAAUGCGUGGCCCGUGUUUGCGAGUUUGAGUUGGGCCAUGGUCAUGUACGUCUUCAGGUGGCAGCCUGAGAGCAUCCAGCCGAGCUUGCGGAGUAGUAUGAAGUAUAUUUAUGUGAAUUCGGACCACUGGGAUUCGUGGAGGACAUUUCUGUGGCAUAACACUUGA